UGGAGCCCGGCGGGCGGCGGCAGCUGGAGCAGCGGAGGCUGCGGGGGCCGCGGGAGGAAGCGGCGGAGUACUACCGAGGCCAGCGAGUGCCGCAGCGGGUGGAAGAAGCGCUCAACGCCCUCUUCCCCCUCUGCCCCGCGGAUCUCUACGGGGAGCUGGUAGCGCGGGGAGGGGGAGCGGAGCGCAGGUUCCCGUGGCUUAAGGGAGACCCCGAAGCGCCGGGCUGAGGAGCGCCCCGCCCUGCGGGGUGAGCGGGGCCGGAUGGGGCUCCCCUCGGCGAGCAGGGGGUCUGCACGGCCGUUCUACCUGGCCCCUGAAGGGCGAGGAGCGGCGUGGAGGGGGGAGGCUGAGAGCGGCCGUACCGGCCCCUCCCGCAACCCCCGCCCAGCUCCCGGUGCGGACCGGACUCCGCGCUUAGACUCGGGCACAGGGGUGAUAAAUCAACAGGUUGAUGCGAGGAGCAAAACGCCUCUGUGAUUGAAAUUCAGUUUAAAUAAUUUCCUGGUGGCUCGGGCGAGGUCUGCGAUGGUUUUGUGUUUGUCACCAGCGGCACUUUUGUCGCUGGGCCAAAUACAUUUCCGCCGCAGCCCGGCUUUUUGUCCUCUGCUGGUUGUUUGUCUCGACACAAACUAUGGUGCCGUAGGAAGGCACAGAUGGAUGUUCCUGACAAAGCCGCUCUCUGUGUCCAGUGGCAACAGAGGACUGGGUGCUGUUCACACCACAGCUCCUGGAAAGCAAGUGGGCCUCCGUGAAAGUAUCGAGAAUCAGACCAAUUUUUAUCUGUUCCCAAUUGGUGAAAUACAGUAGACAGUAGUCCUAAUGAAACCUCUGUUUGUGGUGAUACUGGAGUUGUCAACACUACAACAGUGAGAAACUCUUGGGGAAAAAAAACCAAAAACUAGUACAUUCUUUGAUGUGAAAGUGACUGUGGAAAUGAAACAUUUCAUUACACCUUUCACUGUUUUCUAUCUCCAAGUGUUUUACCUUCACAGGUGGAAGGGAUUAGAACUGGUAACACCUGUUGUUCCUUUGCUUGGUGUUUGGUGUGUUCCUCUUCCGUGUAACUAAAAGUGUUUCCUAGUUUUCCCAUUUGAUAAGUCUGGUGACUGUCUCAAAUACCAGACUAAAGAAUGAAAAUAGUAGGAUAGUCUGUAGUAAACCUCAGGUAGCAACUUAAUCCUUUUUUAAAAGCAACAUCAGUGCUUAUUAAAUACAGAUGGAGUCCCGAACAUGUUCUCCAAGUUGGAUGAUGCCAGUUCAACAAGCCCAUUAAAGACCAUGUUGGAAGAAGCUAACUACAUUUCUAAAUUUUCAAAAGCUCCAGUAAUAUGUAAAUUAGUUGGAAGAAAAGUUCUUGAUGGAGUUGGUCAGCCAACAUUAGAAGUGGAAAUACACUGUAUGGUUAAAAACCAUGAGAAGAGGAUUUGUUCCAUUGUAAUGUCUUCUCAUUCUCAAAUACCUGAAAAUUCUUUACCUGACACAACUCAGGCUGAUGAGAAAGAAAGAAAUGACUCUGUUAACACUGCUGUGGAGUGGGUGAACGAAUCACUGAACGCAAUGCUAAGAGACUUAAAGCCUACUGACCAGUGUGAAGUUGACAAGAUGCUUGGUGAAUACUUUAUAAAAAAGGUAGAAGAAAAAAAAGAAAUUCAGAAGCAAGAAGAAAAAGAAAAAGAACAGCAAGAAGCAGAAGCCACUCUUGCCCUUACUUUACACACUCCAUCAGCAACAGCGCUACCUGGGAAAAAAAAAGCAACAAAACCAGGAAAGAAGGUGUCAGUUGCAGAGAAAAUGAUACCACCUGCAGAACCUGUUGAACCAGUGCUUUGUGGCAGCUUUGCCAUUGGGGGAACAUCACUUGCUGUAGCAAAGGCUGGUGCCACCGUUUGCCGUAUCCCAUUGUACUUACAUAUUGCGCUGCUGAAACAUGAUCAAGACUCACCUAAAGAAAUGUCUCUACCACUCCCAAUCAUUACUCUGUUGAACUGUGAAAAAAUUUUACCUGCGAAACUGAAAUUAAUGAAAGAACUUAUGCUUAUACCACCAGUUCAUCUGUCACUCAAACAGGGCAUAGAAAGAGUUCUGGAUAUUCAGAAAGAAGUUAUGAGACUGUUGGAUCCUCCAGGCAAAGUGCCCAGCCCUCAACUAGCAGACAGUAAGAAAGGCAAAGCAGGGAAGAAAGCUCCGCCACAAGUCUUAAAAAGAAUAUCACACUUAGGUUGCCUAAUAACAGGAUUUGAUAAUCUAGAGCAACCGCUGCUCCUAAUGCAAACAGCUUGCAACAAUAUUGGACUGGAGCUAGGAACGGACAUGUAUUUAGCAAUAAAUUGUGCUGCUCAUGGAUUAAUGGAUUACGUUAAAGGAAAAUAUGAAAUACUCACUGGAACAUUCAAAAGUCCUGAUGAAAUGGUUGACAUGUACGUGGAACUGAUUAAUAACUUUCCUUUUAUUAUUGCAUUAAUAGAUCCGUUACGAAAAGAGGACAGAGAACAAUGGAAUAACAUAUGCUGUGCUCUUGGUUCCAAAUGUUACCUGAUUGCUGAAGAUGCUGCAACACAUAUAUCCAAACUUAAAAUUGACCAAAACAUCAACGUACCUAUGUGCAGUGGCGUUGUCCUAAAAUAUAUUAACCAAACAAAGGUAUCAGACCUCAUAGAACUUACUGGACUUCUGGACGGUCAAAGACAUAUUACCAUAUUAGGAAGUCCAGACGGAGAAUCUUCUGAUGAUAGCCUUGUGGAUCUGGCUGUUGGACUGGGUGCCAGGUUUAUCAAGUUGGGAGGUCUUUCCCGCGGAGAAAGGGUGACCAAAUACAACCGCCUUCUUGCUAUAGAGGAAGAACUGGCCAAGAAUAGAACGCUACGUGAAGCAACUCUUGAAUUUAUUGCUUUUGGUGAAGAAUCACAGCCAGAAAAUCAACCUUCUGCUGUAUCUCCUCCCCCGGAGCAGAAUUCAGCGCUUCCAAAGCUCUGUCAGCCAGCCCUGCAGGCUCCCAGCCUGCCUGCCCAGCUCCCAGAGAACAUCACACUGACCUAGGUUGUCAACAGUAACUUUUGGAUACAUUUCUUAAAACAAACCAAAACAUUCUAGCAAGAAACUCAUAUAUUACCUAUUCCUUAAUCCAUUUAUUUUCAAGCACUUUAGCUAAAAGCAUUCAGAAACUACCUUCUCUUUUCCCAGGAGACCAUUGCUUUCAGCUGAAACCAAGUUAGCUAAGCAGUGGCUAUAGUUUGAAAAUACUGCAAAAUUCUGUGCCGUAUUUACAAACUGACAAAACAAAUACCUCUGUGUUGUGUCCAAAACGAAAUGUUUGUUUUGGGAAAGUUGAAGUCUCUCUCCAUACAAAGAACAAGCUAUUGACAAACAGUGAAAAAAAAAAAAAAAGCAUUUUACAAAAAACAAAGGCCUUGACUGUUAUGCUGCUCCAUCCCCCCACACCCCCUCAAUGCUGCCCUUAGAUCGAGCCUACAAGGGAAAUUCUGCUCCAGUUCUAGCUCACGAUCAGGGCGAGUGCAUCAGUGCAGACCCCAAAUGUAGGGCACACAGCUGGAACCGGCAUCCCUCAGAAGCUUCACUCGGAGGCAGGGAAUAACCACUCAGUUUCACAAGGGCUGGGAAACUUGUCAAGAGUCUUUUUAAUAAGCAAGAGUGAAAAGAUAAAUAAGUAAUUUAUGUCCUAGGUAACAAACAGUUUAAGUAAAAGAAAUACUUCUUUAAAAA